AUGGCCACCGUUGUUCCAUCAAAGACUGCCGUGCUUCAUGCAUACCGUCAUCUCUUCCGGCAAGGCCUCAAGGCCAUUCGAUACUCUGCGCCCGGCCGCUAUACCCUACGUACCAUUAUACGAAGGUCUUUUCGUUCCCCCUCCGAGCAAUUUGACGCGUCGCGCAUUGCCAACACUUUGCGCUUCCUCGAACGGGCUACGGCCGCUGCCAACAUGGAACACAGAAUUGUGAAAAACAUCCUGAUCACUCGAUAUUGGGAAACUACCCCGAUUGGCAAGGAUUCUCGCAUGCUGCGGAACUUGGGACUCGUCAAAGAGGAGACGGUCCUUCGCAAAAGUGCCUAUGAACACUUCAAUUUGACCCUCGAACGACUAAAUGAGAGUCUGGGAACUUGUCUAAGAUGA